AAUGCAGCAUCGGGGGUGGGCGGCUCUGUUCAACCACGUAGAGCACAUUUUGGCUAGCAAGAGCAACUGAGCCACUCGGCGUUUCACCACGAAUCGUCAUGUCGGGCAAGAGCUUUCGAGUAAGCGACGGGGAUUGGAUAUGUCCAGAUAAAAAAUGUGGAAAUGUGAAUUUUGCAAGGCGAACAAGUUGUAAUAGAUGUGGAAGAGACAAGACCACAGAGGCCAAGAUGAUGAAAGCAGGAGGAACCGAGAUUGGGAAAACUCUGGCUGAGAAGAGUAGAGGACUGUUUAGUGCUAACGAUUGGCAAUGUAAAACAUGUGGAAACGUUAACUGGGCGAGGCGGUCAGAGUGCAACAUGUGUAACACUCCCAAAUACGCCAAGCUUGAAGAAAGGACAGGUUAUGGUGGCGGUUUUAAUGAAAGGGAAAAUGUGGAAUAUAUUGAGCGAGAGGAAUCCGAUGGUGAAUAUGAUGAGUUUGGGAGGAAAAAGAAAAAGUAUCGUGGGAAGAGCGAGAGCAAGACGUCUUCCUCAAAAGGAAGUGAAAAGAAGGAAGUAGGGAAGAAGCCUCCGCCGCCACCGCCGCAGGAGGAUGAGGAGGAUGACGAUGAUGAAGACGGUGACCUGUCCAAAUACAAACUGGAUGUGAGCGUACGGCAUGAUGAUGACGAAGAUGAUGACGAAGACGGCGACCUGUCAAAGUACGACCUGGACGCCAGCGAUGAGGAAAAGCAGCAGCAGCAGUCGGCGAAAAGGGGCAGCCGGUCGGGCUCGUCUCGCUCCCGCUCAUCCUCACGCUCAUCCGGCUCCAGUUCUCGGUCGAGGUCCAGAUCCGGUUCUAGGAGCUCCUCUAGUUCCCGAUCCGGAUCUCGCUCAAGGUCCCGCUCCAGAUCCAGCUCCAGGUCUGGAAAGGGCUCCUCACCCCGGAAGAGGUCCGCCAGCCCGCCUUCCUCACCUGAGGCGGGGCAGAAGCGCAGUCGCUCCAGGUCGUCAUCUGGAGGGAGAAAACGGAGGCGCUCUCGAUCCCGUUCGUCCGAAAGGUUUGGGUUUAAAGUGGAAUACCACAGCGGCACUCACUAUUUAUGGCCUCGCUCACAACCUUGUCGUGCUGGUUUUUCGAUGCUCUGAACUUGACUUGAUACAUUACAGGCACGCUGAGCUGAAUGUUGAUGACAAUCAAUGCUAACGAAUCUCUCCCUUCCCAUCAUGUUGUGUGCUUUCAGGCGCAGCAACCAGUCCUCCGGCUCCUCCCAUUCUGGCUCGAGUUCUAAAAAGAAAAAAAAAUAAUUUCAGUGCCUUGGUGAAAUGAACCUCAGUGCAAGUGCAUGUUAUCAUGAGAGAAACAACCACAUCCAUACAGUAUGGUGUUCACCACCCCCCUACCUUCUAUACACACUCGCACACACAUUGCAGUAGCAACUCAUAUACUCUUAAAUAUUUCAUCUCAAUCUCUGCCCAACUUGUGACAGGUGUCUACCAAUACAUACAUGGUCAUUUAAUAAUGUCAAUGUUGGUAGCAGUAUUUCUCUUGAUCGUUGGGACACUUUAAAAUUUCCAAUGGGGCACUCCGUUUAAAAUAUAAAUGCAUCUCUUUAGGAAAAAGUACACCGUACAAAGUUUUUGUUUUGAAGGUAAGUAUUUCAAAGUGUUUAUCCACAAACGGCACAAAUUUCAUUGGUAGUUUUCAUUUGAUUAAACUUUUGUCAUUUAUGUAUACUGGAGGGAAGACCAGAUUUGCGUAACAAAUUCCCCAGAUUAGUUUUCCAAGACUUUUUUUAGUACAGUAUGUUAUGACAAUUCAUUCUUUAUAUAUAGUACUAUACAUGUUAAAUAACUGUACGUGUGUAAAUAAAGUCUUGUCAACUUA